UGAGCGGUGGCGUGGAGUUGGGACCCACGCUAGGCCUAAAGAAGUCCAGCUCUCUAGAGAGUCUGCAGACUGCCAUGACAGAGGCCAAGAGGAACGAGCUACUGCCCUUCCACAGGCCCCGCCCACACAUGGUCAGAGGGCGUGGCUGCAACGAGAGCUUCCGCGCAGCAAUCGACAAAUCAUACGACGGCCCGCCAGAGGAUGAUGAUGAUGAGGGGUCCGACCAGAGCUCUGGACGAGACACUCCGGUCAGUGGCUCUUCGAGACAAGGUGCCGGAGACAAUGAGGAGAACAAGAAAGACAAAAAGAAGAAAGCCAAAAGCAAAAAGAAAGACAAGUUGAAAAGCAAAGGAAAGGAGAAAGAGAAGAAGAAACCAGAGGAGGUUGGUGAUGAGUUGGAUAAGAAGACCAAGAAGAAAGGAUUCGGGUUGCUGAGAUUUGGAAAGAAAAAAGAAGAAAAGAACAAGACGGAGACAAAAAUGAAUGCACAGAAGCAGACGUCAGAAAUUCUGAGUGAAGAAGAGUUGGAGAGGAUGAAGGAAGAGAGAGAAAGAAUUGAGGCUAAGCACCAGGAGUUGAGGGAACGGCAGGUUCGGGACCGGUUCUCCCCACCUGACGUGGAGGAUGAUGACCUGGACCCGAACUACGCCCGCAUCAACAACUUCAGGGAGCGCGUAUCACCUUCCCAGCCGCUAUACGGGAACCGCAGCCCCUCCCCGCAGAGACCCCCGCCCCCAGUGUCCCACAGCAGAGAGCCAUCCACAGAAGACCCUCUGGACGGCCUGUAUGCCAAAGUCAACAAACAACGAAGCCCUCCACCAACUACUGCUGCAGACAGCAGUAUGGACCGUAUCCAGCAGCUGAGGAGGGAGUAUCUUCAGGCUCGUAUAGAGGGAGCAGCUCCAUCCUAUGAGGAACUGGAGGCCCGACGGAGAGAACCAGAGUACGAGCAACACAGAAUGCCAGUGAGAAACCCUGACCCCAGACUGACACCACGAUAUGAGGAUGCCGAGCGACAGUACGCUUCCCUGCCCAGAAGAGCACCAGUCGAACCUAUUGAGUAUCCAGUGCAGCCGUGGGCCGGACACAGGGAGCCCUCGCACUACCCAAACCAACAGUCAGGCUACCACCCCAGCUACCUUCCCAGGGAUAACUACCCUCACCCGGUGGACCCUCGGCAGAACGACUCGGGGUUCUAUCACCCUCCUCCGCAGCAGAGAGGCCCCCUCCGGCAGGAUGUGCCCCCUUCUCCCACCAUACCCCUCCGAGGCCCUCGCUUCGAGACCAUGAACCGCGGGGGCUACCGCAACAGCAGCCCAGAGCGCUACGCGUACGGAGAGGCACGACACUCAGACCCGAGACAGAAGAGUACAAUGACGGCAGCUGUUUAACCUCACCCUUUGUUUUUUACCUUGUGUACGAUGUUUCUAGAGCAAGCACCAGUGUGCCCACCAUUUUGGACAGGUGUUUACGUGUUUUUUACUAACAAUUUUGCUGGGUAAUAUCCGUCUUAAUAGCCAAAGCUACAUAUUAGCAUUGAUUCAAAUGUAGCUCAGUCCCACUCAGACGGUCCCUCCAUAUGUUUUUGUGUUUGUAGGCUAAAUGUUGGCCUUUAAAUGAUCGGCUAGAUCCAGUUAUUAACACAUUCCAGCACCAUUUUUUAUUGGCACAUUAUUGUACAAUCUUUACAAUUUGAAACUGUGGUAUAUGUAUUCUAAUGUUUGUCUGCUUGCACGUUUAAGGAUGAAAGGGCGUUAUUUUAGAGCACUCCAUAUACUCAAUUUGAAUUUAGUUUUCUAUUACGGAAGGAUAUUAAGCCACUGUAUGAGAUGCAAAACAAUGUGUCACUAUGAACUGCAACUUAGAAUAUUAACUUUUUUACACAGAUUUGAUCAUGCAUAACAGAAAGUACAACUAUUUCAUACUAUUUUAGUAAAUCUGGAAUAUUAUGUGAAAAAUACCACAGUGCAUCGUAGCACUCAUGAUAAUUGUCCUGAAUGUGAAGUCAUAUAAACAGAGGAAGAUUAAGAAAAAGAGGUUGUUUUUCAGGAAAAGGAAAGGAGAGUCAAAAGAACCUCUGACACAGAGGAAGGAUGAGAACCGCACGUCUUCCUGGGCUUUCAGCGUUCCCACCUGAAUCCACACCUAUGAACGGGCUGCCUGCCUUUUUAUCCCACAAAAAUGGGGUUUGGUUUAAGAUUCUUUACUUUUUUUUAUAGUAUUUCAUGUUUAAUGAUUUCACAUGUAUUUUGGUACAAAAAAACUCUCUCUGUAUUCAGAGUUCAGGCAACAUAAUAAAUAAAAGUAUUAUUGAAUGCGAUAAUCAUGUGAACCUUCUAUGUAACUUUUUACAAAACAGAAUGAUCUGUGCACCUAGUAUCACUUUAUACAUUAAUACUAUGUAUGUACAAAAUGUUGUCGUUUAUAUAACACAUUUUCAAUAAAUAUGCAUUUGAAACAAUUA